CAAUCAACCUCCCCUCCCCUAAAUCACCAUCAGAUAAUGCCUAGCCAUUUAUAGUCAGAUCCUAUGGGCUUCACGAAUAAUUAGAUUGACUAGUCAAGGGUCGACAAAUUGCGGAUUAAAAACUGCUAUACUCCCAGGAGGAUGGUCAUUAACCAUUAAUUGAGGGUCCAGUUCACGUAAAACAGGAAACACAUAAAUUCAUCCACAACAAUAGAAGUCUAAAAGAGUUCUUUAGCAUUUUAGUGUUAUAAAUCCGCGUGAAGGAGUCGAACCACUCAGUCGUGAAUGUGGCGUGCGGUGGAGUAACAUCUCGCUCGCACCAUUUUCAAGUCAAUAUGGAAGGCCCAAUUAGUGGUUUUGGGCUCCAAUUUCCAGAUUUAGGUCAAGAACUGAACAUACCUCCUCAUUUAAGGCAAAGUAGUGAAGCCUACAGGCAAUCAUCAAGAUUUGGGCCGCCAAUUUCGAAUAUGUUUACAAGCGACUACAUAUCCAAGAAACCAAGCUCCGAAGACGUACGCGGUCACUUUGGCCCCGGUUUGGAUGGAAUCGCUGAUAUUCACGACCAAGAACACGGUGAUCUGCCUCUUUCUUCGUCCUCUAUGGCCGAGAGCUACCUUUCAGCUACCACCACAUCGUACGGAUGCUCGUCUCAGGUACCGAACAGUAUGCAUCCUUAUAGUAAUCCACUUUCAGCAUGUAACCCAAUGAGCCAAGAAGCUUCUAUACCACCUGAUGGUGUCUAUCAUAGAGAUGUCCACGGGGGUGCCUUUCCUAUAGGCCCAGAUUAUAGUUCUGCUAAGGGAGACGGCAAUCAUCUUAGGCUGCACCCAGGUAUUCCUAGUAUUCCUCUACAGACACAAAAGCCAACUAAUAACUUUAAUAUGAGGAAUCUAUUUCACGGACAUAAUGUGAACUCUGCGUAUCCCGAUGGAGGUGCUUCUAUGUAUAACUAUUAUCAUCAAACAAGUGAACCCAAGAUCGCUCAUCUCUACCCACCUCGUCCUUACCCGGCCUACAACACCAGCAGUGCUUUUGAGCCGCCAGAAACUUCAAUUUACUCGGCCGACAGCCAUUGCUACUCAAAGGAUGACUCGAAAAAUCUUGGCGGUUUCCCUAGCCACAGAGGAUCAGCUGACAGAGCCAAGCAAUCGAACUCCUUACAGGGAGAAAUCAAAGAAGUAGAAGACGUGGACGAUAACAACCGAUGUAAGAACACAGUCGAGGGCACGAAAACUUCAGUCAGAAGGUUUAAAAAGUGGUACAAAGACAAGACAGGAAAGUCACUGGAUAUGAACUCUCUGACAAAGCAACUGGCUGUAGAUCUGCUCAAGGAUUUCUUUCUCGAGAUUCGAGACACAAGACCCGGCAAGGAGGGAAAUGAAUAUGAGCCUGUUACUCUUACAACCUAUAGAAAUGGCCUACGAAGGUAUUUCCUCGAGAGAAAAUGCCCUCCAGCAUUAGAAAACUUCGAUUUAGCCGAUCGGGAAUUUGAUGUUGUUAAUUAUGGCCUUGUUACAAAGAGAAACGAAUUGAAGAGAAAAGGCAAGGGGAAUCACCCGAAUGUCGUGGAGAGUAUAACCGAAGAACAGCUCGGCAGAAUGUGGGCUUCAGGAGCGAUCGGAGUGCACGCGCCUCGACCACUUCUGAGACUCCAAUGGUGGAUCAACACAGUCUGCCAUGGCAUUCGCGGCAGAAUGGCCCACCACGACCUCAGCAUUGAUGACUUCAGGAUCUCACGAGGGGCUGACGGCAAGAUCGUGAUCGAUCAUGUCAAAGCAGGGUCGAAGAGACAACGACUCGGCCCCGACGAGAAAGACUCUCAGAGAAACAAGAAGAGGUGCAAAGCAAGAGUCGCUGCCACCGAUGGAGGGGAACGCGAUCCGGUUCGCGCGUUCGAAGUCUAUUUACGCCAUCGUCCUCCAGGCAUCUCGUCGUUUUAUUUAACACCAAAGCACAAACCCAAGGGAGAUAUAUGGUUCAACAAGGUACCUAUGGGGAAGAACUCUAUUGGAAGGAUCAUGCGAGAAAUCAAAGCCAUCGCUGGUAUAGGGUAACGCCGCAGAAAUCAACCCAGAGACCAAAUCUAUUUGUUAUUCAUAUUCAAGACGAAGUAAAUAAAGAAAACAGUGCAUGCAUAGUCUAGCAGGUACAAGAGACUUCGUAAAGUCAUUUAGAGUCUUGACAAAAGACGAGGCUCAAUAUGUACAAUAUAGACACCUUGAUUGAGGACUGAAUAAUCCGAAUAUUAAUCGUAAAACGAAACACGAAAACUUUUAACCAUAGAGUAUAUCUAGCUAAYAUGAGUCUUAACUAUCAAAGUAUCUAAUGUAAAACGGUGCAAAAUAGGUCGAUUUUUUUGUCUCUUUUGAUAAAUUACUUGGUGUUUUCGAUUUGAAAAUGAAUCACGGUUAUUCAUUUUGCUAAAGGUUUUCUUCAGCAUCGUUUUCUUUACGAUGCUUUUGUUAUUUCCCCAAGUGGAACGAUCUCUUAUUAAUCAAUAUUAUUCAUAGUUUAGGGCGCCUCAGUGCCUAUUCAAAAGGCCAACAGUUAUAUAAAAUUUAGUGGUAGAAGAUAUUCUUAUUGUAAAUUAAACAUAAGAACGUUUUAACUUAUAUAARUUUAGUGCCACAGGCGUAGAAUUAGUUCAAAAUUAUACGUUUAAUUGGUUCCCCGAGGGAGAUUUCAUGCAGGUUGUACAAAGAGUUCUUAUCAGAAUCAGUUAAAGUUUAUUUUAACUACAAAGUCUAACUUUGUUUUAAAAAAAUAUUUAAGCUCUUAAGAAUAGUAUAUUCAUAGCCUAAAGUUUGGAUUGUUUUAGUUUCUAAAUUUCAUUUUAAAAAGAACAUAAUAGUCUUCUAAAGUUUCAAAGUGUUCACAUGAUAGGUAUACGUUUUAACCCUUUAUUUUGUUUACCGAUGAUUAGAAAAGUAUAGCCAGCCAUAAAGAUGUCGAAAAUGUAAAUAAAAAUUAUUGUACAAGAGUGAAUUGA